AGGGGAGGAGAGAGAUCAAGAUACUCGCUCAGGAGAGAAAACUGGCUUCUCCAAAAGGAAAAGAACAGAGCCCAUGUCCAAGGGGGUUGUGCAGCUCUUCCCGCAAGAGUAUCGGGCGGCAUGUGCGUCUAAUAUGAAAAUUAUUAACGAGGGAGCAGAAAAAUGACUCUAAGAGCUGGGACUCGUGCUUCAAGUGUGGGAGCCCUGGGCCUGACCCGCAGCACCACUGCGAACCCCCUCCUCGUCAACUACAACCGGGGCUCAGCAGGGACCCCAGAGACGGGAGAACGCUCACGCGGGGCACCGGCCGGCUGGAGCGCCAGGGGCCUCCGGGUGUCUCGCGGUGGGCGUCAGCGCCAGCCCCGGAGCGAGGUGGGAGCCGAGGCGGGCGCCCCUGGGUGCUCGCACUCAGAACUGCCCCGCUGGGUGGGAGCCCCGCAGCACGGGACUGGGCGCACGGCCGCCUGCUGUCCUUUGGGCCGGGACGCGAGGGGUCCCAGGGACCCAGCAGAGGCGCACCUGCUCGCCCGGAAGUCAGGCCUUCCCGGAAGCGUCGCUCCGCCCAACCCGGAACCCGGUGGUCCAUGGAGCCCGGAAGCCAGGCCCAUCCGGAAGCGCCGCUCCGCCCAACCCGAAACCCGGUGGUCCAUCGAGCCCGGAAGCCAGGCCCACCCGGAAGCGCCGCUCCGCCCAACCCGGAAGCCGGUGUCCCGCGAGCCCGGAAGCCAGCCCCACCCGGAAGCCGGCGCUGGCCAAGUCCCGGGAGUCGGCGCGCUGGUGAGCCCCGCGCGUGCGGCCGCUUCCGGGAUGUACAUGCAGGUGGAGUCGCGCUCCGGCUCCUGCCUGCACCUGACGCGCGCACCUGGCGCCCGCUCCUGGUCCCUGCUGGUCGGAAUCCUGUCCAUCGGGCUGGCGGCUGCCUACUACAGCGGUGGUGAGCAUCCGGCCCAGCCCUCGGGACCCCCACUCCCACCGGACAGUCUGGGCUGGAAGCUCUUCUACGUCAUGGGCUGCCUUUUCGUGGCGGUGCAAAACUUGGAGGACUGGGAGGAAGCCAUCUUCAACAAGAACACAGGGAAGGUUGUCCUGAAGACGUUCAGCCUCUACAGGAAGCUGCUCACCUUUUCCCGGGCAGGCCAUGACCAGGUGGUGGUCCUGCUCCAUGACAUCCGUGAUGUGAACGUGGAGGAGGAGAAGGUGCGCUACUUCGGGAAGGGCUACGUGGUGGUGCUGCGAUUUGCCACGGGCUUCUCCCACCCCUUGACGCAGAGCGCAGUCAUGGGCCAUCGCAGUGAUGUGGAAGCCAUCGCCAGGCUCAUUGUCAGCUUCCUGGAGCUGCACCGCCUGGAGAGCCCCAUGGAGCUGUCCCAGAGCAGUGACAGUGAAGCGGAAGGUCCUGGAGACCAGCGCUGACACCAUGAGCCCUGGCCCAGCUGUCCUGAGGGCCACCUGGGACUCCUCUUGAGGACCUGCCCCAAGCAAGCCUAGACUGGACUGACCUGCCGCCUCUGGGCUGUGUGAGGAGUGAGCGGGGACAGGCCCCUCUCGGGUGCAGGGGCCCAAACCUCUGAAAGGACACAGGACCAGCUCUCCCUAGUGGCAUCUGCUCUGAUGGACAAAGGCCACAGGCCCUGGACGUCUGGGGAGAAAAAGGCGACUGCCUUGGGCUUUGUGUACUGCACCUGCUUCCCAGGUCUCGGCCCACAGACCACCGCAGCCGGGCACUGGGGAUAGGGCCGCUCUCCAGCCUCACCUAUUGACACAUCUCUCUGGCCUGUGCCCACGAAGACCUGGUGUUUGAGACGGUCACCCUGGUGAGUCAUGGCAUGGGACACUGGCUGUGUUGUCACAGCUGCCCCAGUGAGGGGGGCUGUGGAGCUCUGGAAGGAGAAACGCCCUCUCUGCGGCAGGGGCUGCCUGGACUCUGAUGCCACAUAGGCUGCAAGAGCUCAAGUGGCAGAGCUCGUGGCUACCAUGUGGCCCCCAAGAUUCUGCCAGGUCUGCCUGGGGACGCCCAGGUGUCCAGGAUCCAGCACUGAACCAGAAGCCCAGCACUGCAGAAGUGACCCUGGCCCCGAUCCCCCUUACGGAUUUUCCCUAUAAAACCAUAAAAAAGGACUCCAACAUUAGGUUUUGAAUGGUUAGGUACGAUGCUUUUUCCCUAAAAUAAAGUACAAAAUGCAA